GUUCGCAGUUCCACGGCGGUGGGCCCGUCACUCUUGUCACCGCGGUCCUCGCGUUCCAACGAUAACUUCCUGUCCAGCUUGGAGAUGAGUUCACUGCGGAUUAUCGGCUUCCAGACAAAUGUGGCGUUGAAUACGCUAAGCGAAUUUCUGGUGGACUGUCGUGAUGCGUCGGUGGGGGAAAGCGCCGCGCUGAAGGUGGUCAUUCAUUCGCCCAGUGGAAUUUCCGGUGAAGCGCUGGUAUCGGAAAAGAGCCCGGGAUUGUAUAACGUCUCCUGCAGUGUAUUUGAAGAAGGACCGCACACGCUGAGCAUGUCGCUGGACGGGUUGCCGGUCCGCGGUCAGCCCCUGAUUAUCACCGCCGGAAAUCCAACCGGAAGUUAUUCUCUGAUGAAGAACGGCGGCGGAUUGGCCGGUGGCCAGAAGACGGAGGAUUAUUCCGUCAGCGAGGAAAUGUCCGGCGACGGUACGACGAUUAUCCGGCGCGAGACGCGGCUGGUGCGCGAGACGGUGUCCAGUGUGUGCACUGAGAGCAUCCUGGGCAGCAGUACAAGCAGCGUGAUGAACGGACUGCCGAGCGCCAUGGCGGCGAUUGGCACAGGGCGACGCCUCCAAGGUGGUGCUGGUGGGGGAGGGCGUGCAGCGGGCCCGCGUCAACCAGGUCAACACCUUCACGGUCCGCGCUGACGCGGCCGGCUACAACGUGCUGCUGGUGGGUGUGUAUGGGAAAAUCCUCAACGCGCACGAAGUGAAGAUGACGUAUAAAGGUCAAGCCACGUACGAGGUGACCUAUGAGUUGAAGGAACGCGGGGAAUACCUGCUGAUCGUCAAAUACGGAGAUGAUCACGUCAACGGCAGCCCGUUUAUUCUGCAGUGCCAGUAAAUUGUUUCUCAUUUAAACGUUCCGUGGAAUAACCACAGAUUAUUUUUGUAUUUUAAUACUGACAGAUUUGUUUUUGUUAACAAAAUUGUGGCUGAGCAAAAUACCUCGAAUUGUUAGAUACUUUUGUUAAUUUUUGAGCACACAGUGAUGGUGAAGAUUUCCGUUCAAACCAAAUAAUUUUAUGGUGGCGGGGAAAUUUUGGGAUUCAGUUAAUUUGGUGCAAUAAAUUUUCAACGUAAAGUUUUG